AUGCGAAGCGUCGUCUGGCUGGAAAUCGAGUCAACCACUCAAAAAGUUUGUGGUGUCAUUUCAAUUACCCUAAAUUUGUUUUUGAUCUACCUAAUUCUUGCAAAGUCCCCGCCGAAACUAGGCGGCUACAAGUGGUUAAUGCUGUAUACUUAUUUAUUCGAGUGGGUUUAUGCGUGUUUGAACAUUUUUGUAGGACCGAGUAUGCAUAACUAUAACUCAGUUUGUAUGGUUUUUCAAGACAUGAACAAGGUUUGGUUUGGUCAUGGCGUCGCUGAGUUUCUAGUUGUAGUCUACUGUUCCUUCUUCGGAUCUUCCAUUGCAAUCUUCGCGGUUCAUUUUAUAUAUCGAUACGGAGCAGUCAAUUUGGAUUUCCGCCAAAAAUAUUUAUCUGGUGCGAAACAAGUGUUCCUCUACAUCUCUCCGAUAGCUUGUGGAGUAUUCUGGGGACUCACUGUUUGGUAUUUCAUGUCAGAAUCUCAAGUGACAACGGAUUAUUUAAGGGAUCACAUGAUGCAAAAGUUUGGGCUGAAAAUCGAGGAAUGCGCAUAUAUCGCUCUGUACUUUUGGCCAGUUGAUAAGUCAGGAAAUGUCUAUCCGGAGCAAAUGUCGUUUAUAGGAGUUGUGAUAAUGUAUAUUGUUUUGGGCGCGACCUUCUUCUGUGUCAUCUAUUUCGGCAUCAAUUGCUACCGUUGGAUUUCCCGUAAACUUGGAAACAUGGAAAACGUAUCUCAAGCUGCUAAAUCCCUGCAGGUCCAACUGUUCUACGCUCUCCUAAUACAAGCAGCGAUCCCCUGUUUGCUAAUGUAUCUCCCCGCUGCAAUGAUAUUCACAUGUCCCAUGCUCAAUAUUGAUUUGGAUCUGAAAUAUCCAUUUAUUGGGGUCACAAUUGCAAUUUAUCCUGUUAUCGACCCGUUUCCAACUAUUCUAAUUAUCAAAAGCUAUCGAAGAGGAUGUAUUGAUUUAUUGACUUGUCGCAGGAAGAAAAAUCAGAUAGCCGUGGGUUACGGAAUAGACUCGUUUGCAGGAGGAGGGAGAGGUGCAAGUGGUUCAAAUACUCAUAAUCAUAUAUUGACUUCUUUUUGA